AUGAGCAUCAUUGUUUGGAACUGCCGCGGGCUUGGGAACCCACGGACAGGAACAGAGCUUGAAGUAGUGACUCGAGCAAAAGACCCCUCCGUUCUGUUUAUAGCCGAAAUGUGGGCGGAUGAAGCAAGGUUGAAAGAGAUCAAACGGAAAAUUGAAUUUGAUAAUUUAUUUUUUGUAGAAAGAAAUAACAGGGGGGGAGGUCUAGCACUCUUUUGGCGAAACUCAGUAGACUUGCAUGUCGAUUCUUUCUCGCCAAAUCAUAUAGAUUCCAUCAUCAAUAAAGGGAAGGAGGAAGCAUGGCGUUUCACAGGCUUUUAUGGCGAACCUGUGACGCAUAAACGAAUUGACUCGUGGAAUAAGCUUCGACAACUUCACAGAAAGUUUAAUAUCCCUUGGUUGUGUGCCGGGGAUUUCAAUGAGAUUAUGAGAAGCUCUGAAAAAUUGGGCGGAAGCAGCAGGAACCAAUCACAGAUGCAACUGUUUCGGGAUGUAGCAGAUGAGUGUGGCUUUAUUGACCUCGGUUUUACAGGGCCCUGGUACACAUGGCAAAAACAUUUUUUGGCAGGCCAUUCAUUAUGGGAAAGACUUGAUCGGGCCUUGGCUACUAACGAUUGGUUUUUAAGAUUUGCAGGUACAAAAGUCCACCACCUCAAGUCAGAUUCUUCAAACCAUUGCCCAAUAUGGAUAGAUAUGGCGGGCCUAGAACUUCAAUGUGCAAAAAAACCAUUUCGGUUUGAAGAGGCGUGGUUGUCGGACCAUACAUGUUCAGAAGUUGUUGAAGCUAGUUGGGAAGAAAGGGGAGUGGAUGAUCCAGCAACAAAAGUCAUUAGAAAAAUUGAAAGGUGUGGCCGAGAACUAAAAAGAUGGGAGAGGGACCACUUCGGCAACAUUAGAAAUACCUUGAAGAAAAAGAGGAAAGAGUUUACUGAAGCUGAGAAGGAGGCGAUGCGCACUGGACAAAACUUCAAAAUUCAAAGAUUAAAGAGUGAGAUUACAGAGUUGAUGGACAAGGAAAAUAGGCUAUGGUUCCAAAGAUCAAAGGUCCUAUGGGCUACUCAGGGUGACCGAAACUCAAAGUAUUUUCACAGCCGGGCUACUUAA